AUGGCUCCCAACGUCAAUCCUUACAAUCGACCGUGGAUAUACGAUCGGGCAUUGGGGGCUCUGCUGCUAGGGGUAAACCUUCAGUGCAUUCACAGUGAAUUUGAUGCGGUCCAAUCCCAGGUGGCUGAGGAUGGCGGUUCUGCUAGCAUGGGGAUAUAUUGGUUCACCAUAACAAAUUACGGAAACCCGUCCGCGAUACAACAUAGUCCUUGGACCAUCUCCUUAGCUUCUACCGACUUUGAUGGUAUGCGCUUCCCGGAGAUCCUCUCAACGCUCGCUGACCACACUCCUUACGCAGUCCUCCGUCAUGGCUAUAGUGCGAUUAUUCACAUAUUCAUGAAUCGCCUAGUGUUCAAAGCCAAAGACGACCUCUCGCCAGCCUUGGCCUUCCUGACGCUGUUUGUGGUCUUGCUCUCCCUAGCUGACCUAGGUGGUGCCGUUGGUAAGAGCUGA